CGGGCCAGCGCCGGGGACCGAGCCGCGGAGACAGCGGGCCAAGGCGAUGGAGGGCGACGGGCUGCUGUUGGGUGGCGAGCCCGUCUCGGGACCCGGCCCGGGCCCGGGGGGCGGCGGCGGUGGGGGCGGCGGAAUGAUCCGCGAGCUGUGCCGGGGCUUCGGUCGCUACCGCCGCUACCUGGGACGGCUGCGGCAGAACCUGCGGGAAACCCAAAAGUUCUUCCGCGACGUCAAGUGCUCCCACGACCACAGCUGUCCGCCCUCCCCCGCGGGCGGCGGCGGCGGCGGCGGCGGCGGGGCCGAGCCGGGCCCGGGCGGCGACGUCGCCGAACUCGAGCUGCAGGCGGGCCAGCUGAGCUGCAUUUCCUUCCCAGCUAAGGAAGAGAAGUACCUCCAGAAGAUGGUGGACUGCCUCCCCUGCAUCUUGAUCCUCGGCCAGGACUGUAAGGUCAAGUGCCAGCUGUUGAACCUGCUGUUGGGGGUGCAGGUGCUUCCCACCAGCAAGUUGGGCAGCGAAGAGAGCUGUAAGCUUCGGCGCCUCCACUUCACCUAUGGGACUCAGACCCGUGUCAGCCUGGCUCUCCCUGGACAGUAUGAACUAGUGCACACACUGGCUGCUCACCAGGGCAACUGGGAGACCAUCCCUGAGGAGGACUUGGAAGUUCAAGAGGACAGUGAGGAUGCUGCUCAUGUUUUAGCUGAACUGGAGGUGACAAUGCACCAUGCCCUCUUACAGGAAGUGGACAUUGUGGUGGCACCAUGCCAAGGCCUUCGGCCCGCAGUGGAUGUUCUGGGGGAUUUGGUGAAUGAUUUCUUGCCUGUGAUAACCUAUGCACUCCAUAAAGAUGAACUUUCUGAGAGAGAUGAGCAAGAGCUUCAGGAAAUCCGAAAGUAUUUUUCCUUUCCCAUAUUUUUUUUCAAAGUGCCAAAGUUGGAGAUAAUAGAGUCCUCCACCAGGACAAUGGAGAGUGAAAGAUCACCACUGUAUCACCAACUAAUUGACCUGGGCUAUCUGAGCAGCAGUCAUUGGAACUGCGGGACCCCUGGCCAGGAUAUAAAAGCUCAGAGCAUGUUGGUGGAGCAAAGUGAGAAGUUAAGACAGCUGAGUACAUUUUCUCACCAGCUGCUACAAACUCGCCUGGUGGAUGCAGCCAAGGCCUUAAACCUGGUGCACUGCCACUGCCUCGACAUCUUUAUUAACCAGGCCUUUGACAUGCAGCGGGACCUGCAGAUCACUCCUAAACGGCUAGAAUACACUCGCAAAAAGGAGAACGAGUUGUAUGAAUCAUUGAUGAAUAUUGCCAACAGAAAGCAAGAGGAAAUGAAAGACAUGAUUGUUGAGACACUCAACACCAUGAAGGAGGAACUCCUGGAUGAUGCUGCCAACAUGGAGUUUAAAGAUAUCAUUAUACCCGAGAAUGGAGAACCAGUGGGUACCCGAGAGAUCAAAUGCUGUAUCCGACAAAUCCAGGAACUAAUCAUCUCCCGGCUUAAUCAGGCAGUGGCUAACAAGCUGAUAAGCUCAGUGGAUUACUUACGAGAAAGCUUCGUGGGGACACUAGAACGGUGUCUGCAGAGCCUGGAGAAAUCACAGGAUGUCUCAGUUCACAUCACCAGUAAUUAUCUCAAACAGAUCUUAAAUGCUGCCUAUCAUGUUGAAGUCACUUUUCACUCAGGGUCUUCAGUUACAAGGAUGCUGUGGGAACAUAUCAAGCAGAUUAUCCAGCGUAUCACAUGGGUGAGCCCACCUGCCAUCACUCUGGAAUGGAAGAGGAAGGUGGCCCAGGAAGCCAUAGAAAGCCUCAGUGCCUCCAAGUUGGCCAAGAGCAUUUGCAGCCAGUUCCGGACUCGGCUCAAUAGCUCUCAUGAGGCUUUUGCAGCCUCCCUGCGGCAGCUGGAAGCUGGCCAUUCAGGCCGGCUGGAGAAAACUGAAGAUCUGUGGCUGAAGGUUCGGAAAGAUCAUGCCCCACGCCUAGCCCGCCUUUCCCUUGAGAGCCGUUCUUUACAGGAUGUCUUGCUGCAUCGUAAACCUAAAUUAGGACAGGAACUAGGCCGGGGGCAGUAUGGAGUUGUAUACCUGUGUGACAACUGGGGGGGACACUUCCCUUGUGCCCUCAAGUCAGUUGUCCCUCCAGAUGAGAAGCACUGGAACGAUCUGGCUCUGGAGUUUCACUACAUGAGAUCUCUGCCAAAGCAUGAGCGAUUGGUGGAUCUCCAUGGCUCAGUCAUUGACUACAACUAUGGUGGUGGCUCCAGCAUUGCUGUGCUGCUCAUUAUGGAGCGGCUACACCGGGACCUCUACACAGGGCUGAAGGCUGGGCUGACACUUGAGAUGCGUUUGCAGAUAGCUCUAGAUGUGGUGGAAGGAGUCCGUUUCCUACACAGCCAGGGGCUUGUUCAUCGUGAUAUCAAACUGAAAAAUGUGCUGCUGGAUAAGCAGAACCGGGCCAAGAUCACUGAUUUAGGAUUCUGCAAACCAGAGGCCAUGAUGUCCGGCAGCAUUGUGGGAACACCAAUUCAUAUGGCCCCUGAACUUUUCACAGGGAAGUAUGAUAAUUCUGUGGAUGUCUACGCUUUUGGGAUUCUUUUCUGGUAUAUCUGCUCAGGCUCCGUGAAGCUCCCUGAGGCAUUUGAGAGGUGUGCUAGCAAAGACCAUCUCUGGAACAAUGUGCGGAGAGGGGCCCGGCCUGAACGUCUGCCUGUGUUUGAUGAGGAGUGCUGGCAGUUGAUGGAAGCCUGUUGGGACGGCGAUCCCUCUAAGAGGCCUCUCUUGGGCAUUGUCCAGCCCAUGCUCCGAGGCAUCAUGGACCGACUCUGCAAGUCCAGUUCUGAGCGACCAAACAGAGGAUUAGAUGAUUCUACUUGAAAGCAGGGACUUUCCCCUUUCACUCUUCAAUCCUUCCCUUCACCUUUUGGCUGUGGGGAGAACUUGAUGUUUAUUCACUAUGGAAGCUCCCAAGGGAAUUGGUGCUUGCUGGUGACCUCAUGGGCAGAGAUGGCUCCUGGACAGUGAAGAGUUGGAUGACCAGCUGAGCAUUCUGGGCAGUUUGCUGAUGCCCACACUGUCCCUGUGGUAUAGAUGGUCUAAAAUUUGUAAAAAGGAGACAAAUGUUACUUUACCACCGUCUAUAGAUACUGUAUUAGGUUGCUAAGACAGGAGUGGGAAACGCAGAGGCAGUAGGAUUAAAAUGUAUUGCUUUCAUGUUCUCAGCUCUAACUAGGCUUGGUUCUGCCCAGUGGUAAGGACCACUUAGAAAAUUUGUGUGAACACAAGGACAACAAAAAUAACUUGAGGUUGCCUGGUUCCUGUUAUAAGUGACCAAGGAUGUCACAAGGUAGGACAGACAAAGCUGUCUGCGGUGGCAGUGCAGUGUGUUUACAUUUUAGGGCCACAUGUCCUUGAUACGGGGGUGGGGGGCUCACUGUUACAUUUUGAAACCACAACAAAAAAAAAACAAGCAUGUGCACAUAGGGUGUGUGUGUGUGUGUGUGUGUGUGUGUGUCUUACUGACACACAGUCACAGCGAUUAUGGGAACUGCAGAGUGGACUCUCUCCUUGGGUCUUUCUCUGCCUGCUGCUCUCUUGAUCUCAAGGAGGAAGAGCUGCAUGUACUAAAGGUGGCUGAGGCCCUCCCCCUCCGCGCCCGCCCCCCUCCCCAGCAGUGUGAAACAUGGCGAGACUGGGAUGGUGGAGGCCCCGGUGGACCAGGGUCUGGGCACACACACCUCCCAGAUGGGUUCCAACUUGUUUCUGCAACUUGAAAAAGUCAAUUCUUUUGUGUUUGAAUCUAACACACUAAUGUUUUUAAAGCUUGACCAAUGGUUAAAAAGCCAAGCUUUCUUCUGUUCCUUCUUUUUGCAUUACUUUAAUUUGUUACAAGAAAAAAGAACCAGAAAGAGGAGAAUAGUGAGAUUCUCAUGAAGUGUACCUAAGGAAAGAAACUGAUUUGUCAGAGCAGGGAGACAGAUUAAACGUGGAUACAUCUCAGGGCUUGGCUUAAAGCCUCCCUCUACCAAACUAGUCCCAUUAGAUAGAGACAGAAGAAGGAGCAGCGGAGGGGAGUCACCUCCAUCCAUAAUUCCAGUACAGACUGUGGUCUGGCCCUUGUGUCCACCUCCAAGGUAUAUGAAACAGUCAGGUGUGGUGGCUUCCUCCUAUAAUCUUAGUAUUUCAGAAGCUGAGGCAGGAAGAUCACAAGUUCAAGGCCAGCUUGCUAAAUAGACUCUUUCAAAAAACAAAACCAAACAAAGUCUAUGAAAUAGGUCCCCAACUAGUUUUGACAGUAAGUGUUAAACUAGCUGCUAUUUUCUAGAGUUGUUACUGAAUGACCAUCCUUAACAUGUAUAAUAUACAUGGAAUCUAUAAUCAAUUUUUAUAUAACUUUUUUUUCCAGCAGUGCUGGGGUUUGAACCAAGAUCCUCAUGCAUGCUGGUAAAUGCUCUACCACUGAGCUACCCCCAAGCUUGAUGUAACUUUUAGUUCAGUUUUAACUAGCCACUCUGGGCUCUGGUUAGGAUGCACUUGAGCAGAAGCCCCCACGCACGUGUAUUCCUUCAGAGCUCCAUGUGAUGCUGUGAACCUGCUUAUGUACAGAUGCCAGUGCCUUUGGGUUCACCAGCUCCAGCUCUGCUCUGGUAUUAUGUUCAGUAUAUCUCUUAGAACCUCAACAGCUAUUCAGCUAUACUUCAGGCUACUGUGUUCUCAGUGUAACCUGUUACCCUCCCAGGGACUGCAAUGGACUUUCAGAAAUCCAGGUGUGCAGUUAAGAAAGGAGAAAUUAAUAGUCUCUACUUAGUGAAAAAAAACAUGUCUGUGCUGCAUACGAUUUCUAGAAAAGGGUCUGGGAAUGUAGUUCAGUGGUAGAGUGCUUGCCUUGUAUGCAUGAAGCUUGGGGUUCAAUUCUUCAA